AUAUUUAUUUUUUUUAUUUUUUUGCAUUUCGUUUUCAUUUUCCUUCACAUAUAUAUGUUCGCUCCUCCUGCUUCUAUUUCAUCGAUUCAUUCAACAAACACACAACACAAAUCACUCAUUUCAGUCUCAGUUUCUGCCCUUAAUAAUUAAUAUAAACCAUAAAUCUUGGUGACCCAUAAUUCUAAAACAUCAAGCAACCAUUUUUACCACCUAAAUUGCAACAAAAUGCAAAAGGGAAACAAGAAGCCGAUGAAGUAUGUUGUAGUGUCAGGAGGUGUUGUUAGUGGUCUGGGCAAAGGAGUCACUGCUAGCAGUAUUGGUCUUCUUCUUCAUGCCUGCAAUCUCCGUGUCACUUUUAUAAAAAUUGAUCCUUAUUUGAACACAGAUGCAGGAACAAUGUCCCCUUUUGAGCAUGGGGAAGUUUAUGUAUUGGAGGAUGGAGGCGAGGUUGACUUGGAUCUUGGAAACUAUGAGAGGUUUCUAGAUAUAAAAUUAACGCGCGAUAACAAUAUAACAACUGGGAAGAUAUACCAGUCGGUUAUUGACAAGGAAAGGAGAGGGGAUUAUCUGGGAUCGACGGUUCAGGUUGUGCCACAUAUUACAGAUGCUAUUCAAGAUUGGAUCGAACGGGUCGCAGCUAUACCUGUUGAUGGAAAAGAAGGUCCACCUGAUGUCUGUGUCAUUGAGUUGGGGGGUACCAUAGGAGAUAUUGAAUCUAUGCCGUUUAUCGAAGCGCUUGGACAGUUCUCUUACCGCGUUGGUGCUGGAAACUUUUGCUUGAUUCAUGUCAGCCUUGUGCCGGUUUUAAACGUUGUUGGUGAACCCAAAACAAAACCGACCCAACAUAGCGUUCGAGGAUUAAGAAGCUUGGGACUGACCCCGAAUAUACUAGCCUGUCGCAGCACAACGGAACUGGACAUGAACGUGAAGGAAAAACUCUCAAGAUUUUGCCAUGUUCCGUUGGAGAACAUAGUGAGUCUCUAUGAUGUCUCCAAUAUUUGGCAUAUUCCUUCACUCUUAAGGGACCAGAAGGCUCAUGAAGCAAUAUUGAAAACACUUAAUCUUCAAAGUGAGGUGCGAAAACCGAAUUUGAAAGAAUGGACAGCGAUGGCUAAGCGUUGCGACAUGUUACAGGAGCCCGUUAGAGUUGCCAUGGUUGGAAAGUAUACAGAUCUUUCGGAUUCUUAUCUUUCUGUACUAAAGGCUUUGUUGCAUGCUUCAGUAGUUUGCAGAAGGAAGUUGGUUAUCAUUUGGGUCUUGGCUACUGAUCUUGAAGAUGCAACUGCCAUUGAAAAUCCGGAUGUCCAUAGAGCGGCUUGGAAUUCAUUGAAGGCUGCAGAUGCUGUGGUGGUUCCAGGAGGCUUUGGUGACCGAGGUGUCGAAGGAAAAAUAAUCGCUGCUAAAUAUGCCCGUGAGAACAACGUUCCAUACCUCGGGAUCUGUCUCGGAAUGCAAAUUGCUGUGAUCGAGUAUGCGCGAUCAGUUCUCGGUCUUAAAAACGCAAACAGCACCGAGUUUGAUCCCGAUACUAAACAUCCUUGUGUCAUAUUUAUGCCUGAGGGGUCCAAAACGCAUAUGGGUGGUACUAUGAGGGUAGGAUCUAGGAGGACAUAUUUUCAUGUUACCGACUGCAAAUCUGCUCAACUAUACGGUAAUCAGACUUUCAUCGAUGAGAGACAUCGACAUAGAUACGAGGUGAAUCCCGACAUGGUACCACAGCUGGAAGAAGCCGGUCUCAGUUUCACAGGAAAAGACGAGAGUGGUCAGCGGAUGCAGAUUAUUGAACUCCAAAGUCACCCGUAUUUCGUGGGAGUUCAAUUCCAUCCGGAGUUCAAAUCCCGACCAGGAAAACCGUCAGCGCUUUUCUUAGGGCUGAUAGCUGCAGCAAGUGGACAGUUGGAUGCAUUGUUGAAGAAGAGUGUGGGUGUGGGUGCAAAGGCAAACGGAUACGCGAUUGGAAGCAAAGGGGUGUCGGGAUUAUCACCACAUUAUCGAUAUAGUAACGUGAAUGUGGCGGUUGGAUCGUUUGACGGGAUGUACAAAAACAGCAACGGGUUGCACGUGUGAAAGGAGUUAUGUUAUAGGAAUAGUUUAGGACAAGUCCCCCUUCCUGAUCUUCCCACAUUAAGAAAGAAAGUGGUUUGAGAGAUUGGUUGGAUGGUUUUGUUAAGUGUGGUUGGUUAGUUUGUGAGGGAUGGAUGGAUGGAUGGAGCUGACAUCCUUUUUUUAAAACGGUGCAGCCUUUGUCUUUUGUAUUUUGAAUCUUUAAGUUCAUGAGACUUUUAAUAUUUAUCAUCUUUGGUUUUUUCGCGAAAAA